AUGCCUGUGUCUAAAGUGGAAAACAUUAAAUACACACUUACGUGCAUAAGGAUUAACAGUUGCUUACAUAUAUAUGGACACAUAUACGGAGAUUGUGCUUAUAGGUUACAAAAUUUUGUAGGUCGUGACAUUGGGGUUAACCUACCAAUUUUGUUGAAUGCCAUUGUUGUGGAACUUCCUCCUGAUGGGAGCACAAUGCUACGAAUUGGGAUGACCAAUCCUCCUUUUAUCUUGGAGCACCUGAAAGAGAUAGCAGAUGUUUUACGUCAUCCUUGUGUAUAUUCCUUUCUUCACGUACCAGUUCAAUCAGGGAGUGAUGCUAUCUUGACCGAAAUGAAUCGGGAAUAUACUGUGAGCGAGUUUAGGACUGUGGUAGAUACCUUGACUGAACUUGUGCCAGGCAUGCAGGUUGCAACUGAUAUAAUAUGUGGGUUUCCUGGUGAGACUGAUGAAGAUUUUGCUCAAACAGUUAACCUUGUUAAGGAAUACAAGUUCCCACAAGUUCAUAUAUCUCAGUUCUAUCCUAGACCUGGGACACCUGCUGCAAGGAUGAAAAAGGUCCCAAGUACUAUAGUGAAGAAUCGGAGCCGUGAAUUAACUUCUAUUUUUGAAGCUUUUGCACCAUACAAUGGAAUGGAAGGAAGAGUUGAAAGAAUAUGGAUUACUGAAAUUGCAACUGAUGGAAUUCACUUGGUUGGCCAUACGAAGGGAUAUGUGCAGGUUCUUGUAAUUGCUCCAGAAAGUAUGUUGGGUACUUCAGCUAUUGUGAAGAUAACAUCCGUGGGAAGAUGGUCGGUGUUUGGAGAAGUGAUUGAGACUCUCACCCAAGCAAAUGUGAAAAUGUCUCCAGAGAAAGUGUCUAUUCAGGAGAUACGUUCUCCUUGCUCCAAUCAGUAUGAGAGUUGUGCAUGUUCAAAGAAGCCAGGACCUUGCUCCUGUGGACCAGACAGCUGUAGAGGACAGGAUAGAUUGGAAGAGUGCACGGUUUCCAGGAAUGAUAGUUGGAUGGAAGAUCGAAACAGAAAAAAUCUGAUUAGCUGGUUACUGAGGCAGCGAAGGAACCAUGAGAACAAACAGGUUGAGAACAGCAUUACCUUGGGGCUAAAGAAUAAGCAGGACUGGGCCCUGGGCGGCUGGGGUAUUGUUGAUAUGGCUCUGCUCGUUGGAAUCCUUGUCAGCUUUUUGGUGAUUGUAGCUGUAAUAAUGCAUCUAGAAUUUAGGACUUUGUUGUCAAAAUGAAUUUUGUCCUAGAAACCAUUAUAUUCUGUUUUUGGAUUUGGAGGAUUCCCAUGUCAGAAUUGCCUAAACAGAAUUUUUUUUUUGUACCAAUGCAACUUUUUGACACAAGUGCCAAUGAGAUUUGAAAGAUUUUGCUGCGUACAAUGUUCUUCAAUUAGAGAACUCUCGUAUAACAUUUAUGGUUUA